UAGGAACAUCAUCUCCAGCGAGCCAUUUCAGCACUGCAGGUAUAUGGAGAGAAGCGGGAUAACAUGGUUAUUCCAGUCCCGGAGGCAGAAAGCAACAUCUCUUAUUAUGAAUCUGUGUACCCAGGGGAAUUUAAGAUGCCAAAGCAGCUCAUUCACAUACAGCCUUUUAGUUUGGAUGCGGAGCAACCAGAUUAUGACAUGGAUUCUGAGGAUGAGGUCUUUGUGAACAAGCUUAGAAAGAAAUUGGACAUAUCUCCUCUUCAGUUUGAAGAAAUGAUUGACCGGUUAGAGAAAGGCAGUGGUCAGCAGCCUGUUAAUCUCCAAGAAGCCAAGCUGUUGCUAAAGGAAGAUGAUGAGUUGAUAACAGAAGUAUAUGACUAUUGGAUUAAGAAAAGGAAAAAUUGUCGUGGCUCCUCCCUUAUACCAGCAGUGAAACAGGAGAAGCGGGAUGGCUCAAGCACCAGUGAUCCUUAUGUAGCUUUCAGAAGGCGUACAGAGAAGAUGCAAACACGGAAAAACCGAAAGAAUGAUGAGGCUUCUUAUGAGAAGAUGCUGAAGUUGCGCCGGGAUCUUAGCCGAGCAGUUACUAUUUUAGAAAUGAUUAAGAGGAGAGAAAAAAGCAAGCGAGAAUUAUUACAUCUAACACUGGAAAUUAUGGAAAAGAGGUAUAAUCUGGGUGACUACAGCGGAGAGAUAUUGUCAGAGGUAAUGGCACAACGUCAGCCGUUGAAACCCACCUAUGCCAUCCCCAUCAUACCAAUUUCUAGCAGCCCCUUCAAACAUCAGGACACUAUAGAGAUUAAGGUUAACAAGGUUUUCCAGCAAGAGAAAUCUGAUGUUGUACGACCGAAGCGAAAAUAUGAGAAAAAGCCCAAAGUCUUACCCUCCUCCCCUGCUGCUCAACAAACAAGCCCUGCUGCACUGCCAGUGUUUAAUGCUAAAGAUCUGAAUCAGUAUGACUUUCCUAGCUCUGAUGAUGAACCCCUGUCACAGGUUAUGUCAGGUUCAUCAGAAGCCGAGGAAGAAAAUGAUCCAGAUGGUCCCUUUGCUUUCCGUAGGAAAGCUGGCUGUCAGUACUAUGCUCCUCAUUUGGACCAAACUGGCAAUUGGCCAUGGUGUAGUCCAGAGCAAGGAGGAUUGGGAGACACUCGCUAUAGAUACUGCCUCACUACCCUCACUGUUCCCCGCAAGUGUAUUGGGUUUGCACGAAGACGGGUUGGGCGUGGUGGAAGGGUGCUCCUCGACAGAGCGCAUUCGAACUACGACAGUGCUUUUCGUCAGCUGGACGUUGACAUGCUUUCCUCUCCUGAACACACUUCAAUCAAUUUAUUUGCCAAUACCUCAGAAACGAAUACCUCGGAUAAAUGUUUCUCUAAAGACCUCAGCCAGAUAUUAGUCAAUAUAAAAUCAUGUAGGUGGCGCCACUUUAGGCCACGGACAACAUCCCUACAUGACAGUGACAAUGUUGACUUUUCCUGUAGAACGUUUCACAAAGGUAUCACUCGAACAGGCACAGCACAACCUGGGACCCAGACUUGCAGUACCUCGACAUCAAGUAAAAGUAGCAGUGGUUCAGCACACUUUGCAUUUACAGCCGAACAAUACCAGCAACAUCAACAACAACUGGCACUAAUGCAGAAACAGCAGCUUGCUCAAAUACAUCAACAGCAGGCCAAUAACAAUUCUUCUGCCAACACUUCACAGGGUUUUGUUUCAAAGACCUUGGACUCUGCUAGUGCACAGUUUGCUGUUACAGCUUUGGUAACGUCUGAGCAGCUGAUGGCCUUCAAAAUGAAGGAAGAUGUUGUCCUUGGAAUUGGAGUGAAUGGCAUCCUUCAAGCCUCAGGAGUCUACAAGGGCUUACACCUCAGUAGUAAUACGCCUGCAGCACUCGUACACACAAGUCAGUCAUCAUCCUCGUCAUCUUCGACUGGUUCAGCAUUGCUACAGCCUUCCAAUAUAACACAGACUGCUACUUCCCACAGCACUCUGAGUCACCAAGUAACUGCUGCCAAUUCUGCAACAACUCAGGUCCUGAUUGGGAAUAACAUCCGAUUAACUGUACCCUCCUCCGUUGCCACUGUAAACUCUUUGAACACCCUUAAUGCACGCCAUUUACCUAGGACUUUAAGUGCUGUUGCCCCAUCUGCCUUAAAGCUGGCUGCAGCAGCAGCAGCAAACUGUCAGGUACCCAAAGAUUUCCAGCAGCAACUUCUGUGGAUGGAGUACCGAGGUAAGAAUUACUGUACACAAGCGCUCCAUGUUAAUUUUUAUAUAUUUGUAAAAUGUGAUGGUGGGCAGUCCUUGGGAAGCUCCAACACUGCACAUAUACAUGAAUUGUAUGACACAGUUUGUUUUUGUGGAGCUAGCCAUACUGUAUUAGAAGUGUUGGGAAGCCAUUUAAAAAUGUUCCAGACACAUGGCACCAUUCUGGUGUAG